ACGGAGCAGACAUUCAGCAGAGACCCCGGGCCCCUGGACACGCAAACACACUGGACGCAGGAUUUCACUCAGCAGCCUUCAGCAUGGACCCCAGGUUCCUCGUCUUCGCCGCGGCCCUCCUCGCCGGGACCACGGUCGCCUUGUCUUUGGUAGAUGGCGGUGCCCAGUGCAAAAUCAAAUGGAUGUUUGGCAUUGACUGCAGCGAGGUCAACGAGAAGCUGGUGAACCAGAUCCAGGCCUGGCAGAUCCGGCAGAGCUGUGCAGAGGAAAAGAGUGAGAAGUGCUCCUAUGAGCUGGUGUCUGGAGCUCCUUAUCUGAUCAAAGCGACGCACACGUCUCACACGAGCAAGAAAGUGAACAACUUCCAGUUUCUCCUGGAGCAGUCCACCACCUGCAAAGUGACCGGGGACUCGGUGACCGCCAUCACCAACCUCCUCCCAGCUGAGAACAGCACCAACUUCUGCUGCAUGCAGAACCUGAUGGACGGAAGUAAGCUGACCGAAGCCGAGGGCUACAAAAUGUUCAGCAACAAGUGGAUCUGUGAGGGGUUCGAUUACGCCAACUGCACCAUGUCGUAGAGGAGGACGGGGUCACCGCAUCACCCGCUCCUCGCAGCUUUAUCCGCUGCAGGAGAUCCUUCCCCCUGCAGCAAUAAACCUCCCCAGCGACUCCUCGUGACUCCUGCAACAAUUCAUUUCCUUGUGGAGAUUAAUAAAGUUUUUUAAAGCCGA